AUGUACCUCAUUGCAGAAUCUCAAUGGGUGAACCUCAAAUUGCCAUUCCUGGAGAAUUAUCAAACUGCUCUUAUUGUUUUGAUCAGAUUGCAACUAUUUUGCAAAAGCAUUGAGCUCCUAUGCAACGAGUCUCAAGUUAGCUACUUUCAUUCAUUAAAGUCUGGGCAAAUCAUCUUACUGCUCGUACGACGACAGCCAGCAUCUAAUGUUCUUUCGUGCGAUAGAAAGAGAUUUCUUCCGUACGUAGUGCUUUGA